AGUGGAAGGGGUUUGGGGCCUGGGGGUGGUGCUUUUAAUGGUGAGACCAAAGCACGUUUGAGCAGGUAUAUCCCUGAUCGGGCAAUGAGAGAAAGAAUCAGAUACAUAUAUCUUAAUCCGAAUAGUUAUGCAAGUUCCUCUCUAUAGUAGGCGCUGAGUGAAUAUAUGGAGUGGAGGCCUUGAUCGUACUACCGAAACUACAAGUUCUGUGAGUCAACAAACUGCAUCUGCGCUCGCAUCUUCCUUUCGCGCAGUUCAAACAAACUAUGGAGUAUGGCGCAGAGGACACGGGCAAGAACUGCACAAGGCAUCCAAAGACAGAGGAAUGGCAGCGUCCGGGGCUGUGUCAAGCUUGGAGUCGAAAGGGGUGAAGAUCGCCGGGUACCGCGUCUGCACUGUCAAGCCUCACUCCCUCCCACUUAAAUGGGCACGAAUACAACUUGAUGGAGUUGCAUGGGAAAUUCGACCGAGAAUGGGAAAAAGGCGCAAGAGAUCAUCUUGCAGAGGCUCCUUACGUAUUCUGGGUGCCUGGGCAAAACUCUGCCUUGUCGAUCGCACUUCAGCCACGUCCGAGCUUUUGGGUCUGACUAUAAACUUAGUCCUUUAUUUGUUAGACACUCGAACGUGCUUCAAAGUGCCCAGCCUGCAGACCGACGAACGACUAAAUCCAGGCGUUCGGUUCGGUUGCGGGACAGCGAUCUGCGCAAGGGGCCCCAUACACGCCCAUCUCAGCCUCAUCUCUCGACAAUGGUGGCUGAUGCCUCCGUCCACGGUCAACUAUCCGCAGCCCUUCGCGUGUCUUGAGAGUCUGCCCUUCUUUUUUCCGGGAGUAUUUAGAACCGCCCGUAUCGCUUUAUUCUUUACCAAGCACUUGCAUUCUUUCCCUGUACUGUCCUUUUCACGGGCGAUCUUGACAAUCAAGAUGGAAACCGCAACGACACCAGCCCCUCCCCCACCGACGGACAUCAUGAUCGGCUGGAUCUGUGUCCUCCAAGCAGAAUACCGCGCCGCUAUAAGCAUCCUGGACGAACGGUACGACAGCACAGCCCUCGUCCGCGGGCAAGGCGACAAAAACCACUACGUCCUCGGCCGCGUCGGCAAACACAACAUCGCAAUCAACCUCCCACCAGCUGCAACAUACGGCCAGCUGCAUGCGACGCGGAUAGCGCUCGACAUGCGCAGUACCUUUCCGCGCGUGCGUUUUGUGCUUCUCGUCGGCAUCGCGGGCGCCGCCCCCUCGGCCAAGCACGAUAUUCGGCUCGGCGAUGUCGUGCUGGGGACGAGUGUUGUGCCGUAUGCGACGGGCAAGGAGACGGAUAAGGGAUUUGAGCGCCAUGCGAUGGUGAAAGCGCCGCCGACGGAAUUGCUGGAUGCCAUUACGUUCCUGGACGAGCGCAUGUGGUCUCAGGAUGUUGUUCUUGCGGACUCUGUUGAGAGCGUUCGAAGCAAAACCGCAGAGAGAGGACAGGCUGAUUUCCGGCGGCCCUGCCACGAUCGACUCUACUACCCUGGAUACAUGCAUCGGGAGACCGGCAGCGAUUGCUUGCAGACGCAAUCGGACGCGGGCUCGCAGCACAAAGACAGACUGUACCCGCGCGGUGUUCGUGAACCCAGCACGAUGGUCCAGCUCUUCCAGGGCGCCAUCGGCUCCGACAACCGCGUGAUGAAAAACGCCCACAACCGGGAUGAGAUUGCGCGGCGCGAGAACAUCCUCUGCUUCGAGAUGGAAGCAACUGGGGUCACGGACGUUGCCCCCUGUCUUCCCAUCCGGGGCAUCUCAGACUACGCCGAUGGCCACAAGAACGAUGGCUGGCAUCUAUAUGCCGCCCUCACGGCUGCAACCUGUGCCAGGGAGCUGCUGCUCUCUUUUCCACCACAGGCCGUGGCGCAGUUCUCUCUGACACUUCCUGGGACCCUCGUUGAUCGGUAUAUCUCCGGUGCCGUCAGCAAUCCAAACGCGUUCUCCGGUAGCGAGAUCGAGAGGUUGACGCGGACGCGGCAGAAUCUGAUGGAGAGGCACACGUUCCUCGAGGAGCUCAUGAGACCUGGGCUGCGCAGGAUCAAGUCCGAGAAACCCGGUCCUGGUGCCGGAGACCUCCGGAACGAGAUGCAAAGACUGAAGAGAUUCCAAGAACAGCUCAGGCUGCACCUGCAAGACCUGGAUCGCAGCCUGAACCAACACGACGACCUCCUCCUCCCGAGUGCAGACCCCCGCGAUCGAGAACAAUACGAGAGACUGAAGGUCCAAGUGCAGAAAGACGAAGAGGCAAUGGACAGCCUCGCCGACCUCGUCGACACCACAAGCUCGCUGCUCACUACCCUGGGGAGCAUCCGCAAUGACGCAAACCUGAGUACGGCCGGCAGGCUGUUGUCAGCUGGUCGCGAGUAUCUUGGAGCGGUCAUGACGCGCUUGUUCCCAACUGCUGCAAUCUCGCAGCGUGUGGACCAGGGAGUUGGAAUACCCGGCAGUGGCCCAUCGCGGCCCAGUGAUGCCGCCGCUGAGAUGGAAGCCAUGUUGACGUUUGUAUAAAAAGUUCAUUGUCAAUCCCUCGUGAUGGGGACGUUAUGUACGCAGUGUACUCUGGGUAAUCUCCAAAUAUACCGUUCAACAUAAUGAUUCGAGCCAGGUCUCCGCUGCCGAGGCACCGUCAGCCUCAAGUGAGAUAGGGCAACAUGGAUAUGAUGUUAGCUACACAAACGUACCAAUGGCAGAUAGACACAUUCAUAGAGAGAACGAAGCCUGACAUCGAUUAGACACAUGCUUUAUUAUCCUCAGCCGCGAUUGCAACCCCCUCUUUCUCUCUACCCUCCACUUGUACACCUUGGCAAGAUAUCAUCAUCAGCCAGCUGGUCAAGUUUGGCGAAGAAGAGACCCUUGACCUCGGGAUACUCGAAGACGCAAUCCACGUCACCCCCAUCGACUCUCACACGUAUGCGGCCUUCCUCAAGAAGGACUGGAGUAUCGGAGUUGGUGCGCGCCCCCUUUCUUUUCCCUCUCGCAAUCUCGCCGAGACAACAAGCCGAAGCUGACUCGUAGUCGGGCGUGACGUGAUGAGUAGUUCCCCAUGGAGGAUACACAGCGAGCAUCCUAUACCGGACGACGGCCGUUCACUUCGCCAACACGCACAGUGCCCGAUACAGGGGCUCAACUCCCGAAGCAACGACGCUGCAGGUAACAUUUCUUGACUGAACGAGCGUCGGACCGGCGAUACUCCAAGUGCAGGACGUCAAAAUCGGCGGGCGCGUCAGCACGAUUCAUGUCACCCUCUCACAGCUUCCGAAUAGUCUUCUUGCCAAGGUCGCAAAAGGGGCGAAGCCGGAUCUCGCCGAGUUCACGAGGAGUAACCUUGACAAACUGCAACCCAAGCAGAUUGCAUACAUCACCGCGAGCCCGCCCGAGACGGAAUCUGGACCCAGCGCGACCGGCGCAUGGAGUCUGCGUCCUCCGCGUCCCCCCGGGUCCAAACCAGACGGCGCAGUCGACCUCCCCGCAUUGGCGAGGAAUUCCCGGGAUGCGGGAUGGGAGCAAUAUAGCUUCCCAG